CGGGGGCGGUGGCGGCUGGGAUGCGAUGGCGGAGUCGCUGCCCCAGGAGCAAGGGACAGAAGAGCACAAAGAGUUCAAAGUAUGAGGAUCUUCAGAUGCUCACAUAUAUUCUGAGCUGCCUGCCUCUGUCAGAUCAGAAAGAGGCCUCCCUCGUGAGUCGGGCUUGGUACUGUGCAGCCCAGAAUGCUCUUCGGGAGGAUGCCUCAGUGCUGUCCCUGAUCUCAGUGCUGAGCCCAAGCCUCAGGGUGCUAGACUUAUCUUCCUGUGUGGCCCUCACCAACAGGACCCUGCAGGCCAUCUGUGCCUACCUAACCCACCUCUCAGUCCUGCGCCUGGCCUGGUGCAAGGAGCUCCGAGACUGGGGACUUCUGGGGCUGGGGGAACCAAGUGAAGAGCCUACACAGGAGCCCCAGCUACAUCAAGAGUUGGAGCAUCAGGCCUCAGGCCCCAAGGAGCCUCCCCAGCCACAGGGCCCUUCCCUACUCAUGCUGCGGGCCUUGCAGGAGUUGGACCUCACAGCCUGCAGCAAGCUAACUGAUGCCAGUUUGGCCAAGGUGCUCCGGUUCCCCCAGCUGAGGCAACUGUCACUGAGCCUGUUGCCAGCACUCACAGACAAGGGUUUGGUGGCUGUGGCCAAGGGCUGCCCCAGCCUGGAGGACUUGGUGCUGAGUCACUGCAGCCUCCUCAGCGAUGAGGGCUGGGCCCAGGCAGCCAGCUCCUGGCCGAGGCUGCGGCACCUCAACCUAUCCAGCUGCAGUCAGCUCACAGAGCAAACUCUGGAUACCAUUGGGCAGGCGUGCAAGCAGCUCCGGAUGUUAGAUGUGUCCAUGUGCCCUGGUAUCAGCAUGGCUGCCAUCAGGCACUUCCAAGCCCAACUGCCCCAGGUGGCCUGCAUCCAGUCCCGCUUCGUGGGAGGGGCUGACCUGACUUUGACGCUCUAGGGGCAGGUCAGUAACCAACCCUUUGGCUCAGCCUCCAUUGCCCUGAGUCCCCAGCCCUGGCCUCUUGACCUGGAGUUUGACCGAGUGCCUCCUACCCUCCUCUGCCGCAUACCCCAAGCUACAAACUCCUUUUCUAGGACUGGGGAUAGAACUAAUCUAGGGCAGCACAAGGGGUUUCCUGCUCCAGUCUGCCCUACAGCCCAGCAAGCGCCUCUUCCAGCUAUAGGCUGCUGCCACAGGCCCAUAGAAAUGCCAGCUCCUGCUCUCCUGACCAGGCCUAGGUCCGGAGGCCAGGCCCACAGGUGGGAUGCAUCUGAUGUUGGGGAGGAGCCGACCUUGUGCUGCUUGCCCUGCCCACUUCUCACACCUAAGGCCUGUGCCUUC